AUGUACGGCCGCGAGGAGAUCGAGUGGCGGGACCGCAGCUGGCGACUCCUCGAGAACGAGGGCCAGCUCGAGACGGACGACUGGACGUACGCGGGCAUGGUGGCCGGGCCCGCGGUGCUGGCUGCCACGAAGGGGGGAGCGCUGGGAGGUAUGCUGGGGUACAUGACCUGGCGAUAUGGCAUCAACGGGGGCAAGUUCCCCGGGUCGGCUAUUGCAAAAUAG